AUGCCGUUCCUUGCCGAAGAACACUACCAGAUCCCAUCGACAGAUUUGUUGACUUGGAUGUUUGACGAUUGUACUCCUUAUGACGAAGAUAAGCCCAUAUACAUUGACGCGGUAAAUCCUUCGCGGUCGAUCUCGCGUCGACAGGCCCGAAGCAUGGUCCGUAGACUUGCGGCAGGAUUUUCACGAGCCGGCUUGAAGAGAGGAGACUGUGUUUGUCUAGUAUCGUUCAAUGAUAUCUACUACUCAAUCGCAUUUUUGGGAAUAAUUGCUGCUGGGGGGAUCUUUACAGGGCUUAAUCCUUCAUACACCGUGUUCGAGCUUACCCAUGCAAUCCGCACUGCAGACAUAACGCACUUCCUUGUCGAGCCCGCAUUCCUUCCCAAGGUCCUCCAGGCUUCGAAAGAAUGUGCGAUCCCUACUGCUAACAUCUUUGCUUUCGAUGUCUUGGAGCGUCCAACUGCAAAAGAUUUGAGUGUGCAGAGCUGGGAUGUGCUGCACACUGGGCAGGAAGAGAUGGACUGGGCCCGUUUUGACGAUCCAAACCAAAGCAAAAAGACGAUAGUUGCCCGGCUGUUUAGUAGUGGAACGACAGGUUUGCCAAAGGCAAUGGACUUGUCAGUGAGCAACUUCGUGAGUCACUGGAGCUCUACAGAAGCGAGAGUCCGGCGUCUCCUCUCUAAUCCGUUCUUCCACAUCUCCCAAGUACCUCGAGCUCAUACCAGCCCAAUAAAAGGCGGUAUAGUGACAUAUGUUAUGCGCCGCUUCGAAAUCGAGACAUGGCUCCUUAACAUCUCUAAGUACAAUAUCACCGAGGUAAACAUUGUACCAAUGAUGGUCAUUCGUCUCCUUUCAUCCGGCCUUCUUGACUCGGGCAGAUAUUCUCUGAAGACUAUUCGGAAUGCUUGGGCUGGCUCCGCGCCGCUUGAUAAGAGUAUCCAAGCUCGCCUGAAAGAGUAUAUGCAGCCAGAUGCGCCGUUCAAUCAAGCUUGGGGUAUGAGCGAGACGACAUGUAUGGCCACGAUGUUUUAUUACCCCGAACAGGAUACCACAGGCAGUGUGGGAAGAUUACUACCUAACUGUGAUGCGAAGAUAGUUGAUGAGGAAGGUCAUGAUAUCAGCGGGGCUAAAGGUCCCAAUGGCAUGUACCUUCGAGGUGAGCUGUGUGUAAGAGGUCCGAUCAUUGUGAGUGGUUACUACAAGAAUAAGGAAGCCAAUGAGCGAGAUUGGGAUAAGGAUGGGUACUUCCACACGGGCGAUAUUGCAUACUGCGAAGAAAGUACGAGGAAGUGGUUCAUUGUAGACCGAAAGAAGGCAAGUGAACUCAUCAAAGUCAGGGGAUUCCAGGUCGCGCCGACAGAAAUCGAAGGUGUGCUACUCCUGCACCCCAAAAUUGCGGAUUGUGCAGUCAUCGGCAUUCAGCACAGUAUCGAAGAAUCCGAGCUUCCUCUCGCUUAUAUUGCCGUGAAGCCCGGGGCGGUUGUCACAGAGGCGGAUGUCAGAACUUUCACGCAGGAUAGACUAGCACGAUACAAACAGCUGGAGGGUGGGAUCAGAUUUCUCGACAGUAUCCCUAGGAAUGGGAAUGGGAAGAUUCAAAAGAACGUGUUGAAGAAGAUGGCCGCACCAAAUCAUUUGAGGACUAAACUGUAG